UUCCAUUAACCCAUCUCUGCUUCUCUCUCCUUAAAUUCCCUUUUCGUAUCCAUCCAAAUUUAACUUUACUGGGCAGAACGGUAGCUAAAGAGUACAUGCGUGAACCUGUUGCUCUUUUAUUUUUGCCUGCAAUCCGCAGAUUCAGGCAAUUGUACUCGAUGAAUGGAUCAAGGGGUAUAUUGGCGACUUCAACACCUAGGAAACAAGAGAACAAUGAAGCUGGCGAAACGGGGCUUGCUACUAAGGAGAUGGUUGACCCAAUAGUCGACUUUAGCAGGCCUCCACCACUUCCUCCUUUUAUGGGAACUUUAGUAGUUCUUUCGUUGUUAGAGACAUGGUGGAACCGUGGCACCGAUGAUGAUGGCAAAUGA